AACUAUAUCCAGAGGGCUAAAGAAAAAACUGGCAGCGAAGCAGUGUUUUUAGGUCUAGACGUUGGUAAGUACGGCAGUGCAACUAUCGAACGGGAGAAAGGGGACUUGGCUCGAGAGAUAUUUGACAAGAUGCUGCUACCCUUGACCCAGUUCCAAUCUUUUUCCACGUGGGAGCAGAGUUUUGAAUCAGUCAUUCAAUAUUCCGUGCCGGAGAACGGUCGCUGUUAGAGCGAACUGCCUCCUGCUAAUGGGCUCUGGUUCAUUUCUGAAACAGGCCAUGAAUCAGUACACGACUCGCUCCCAGCUCAAACACUGCUACCUCG